CGCGCCAUGGUGGAUUACAGCGUGUGGGACCACAUCGAGGUCUCGGACGACGAAGACGAGACUCACCCCAACAUCGACACCGCCAGUCUCUUCCGAUGGCGGCACCAGGUGCGCCUGGGCCGGCCCGCACUAUCCUCCCCCCCCCCCUCACCGCCGCCACAGAAACACGCCCUGAUGGAGCAGGUCGCCCACCAGACCAUCGUCAUGCAGUUCAUCCUGGAGCUGGCCAAGAGCCUCAAGGUGGAUCCCAGGGCCUGCUUCCGGCAGUUUUUCACCAAAAUCAAGACGGCCGAUCAGCAGUACCUGGAGGGUUUCACGGAGGAGCUGGAGGCGUUCAAGGAGCGCGUUCGGGGCCGGGCGCGGGCGCGGCUCGAGAAGGCGCUGCGGGACUACGAGGAGGAGGAGCGGCAGAAACGCCUCGGGCCCGGCGGCCUCGACCCCGUGGACGUCUACGAGUCCCUGCCCGCCGAGCUGCAGAAAUGUUUCGAUGUCAAGGACGUUCAGAUGCUGCAGGACACCAUCAGCAAAAUGGACCCGACCGAGGCCAAGUACCACAUGCAGCGCUGCAUCGACUCGGGGCUCUGGGUGCCCAACGCCAGAGGGGGGGAGGGCGCCGAGAAAGGAGCAGGAGAAGCCAAAAAUGAGGAAACCAAAACAGAAAACAGCCCCGAGGACAAAGCAAAACCCUGAGACG